AUGGCAGCCACACUACCCAGACGGUCGCGCCCGGCCAUAGACCAAGGCCACGAGCGUCUUAUCUAUUCAAAUACAUCUCUCCUACAUGGUCACCCUCCAGUCAUUAAAACUAGGGCACAGCUAAGUCUUGAGGAAAAUUUACAGGCCAAUGUCCCCCAGAGUCAAGCGGCCGCUCGGCCUGCUCAGAUAUCUAAUCCAAAAUUCCGUGAAACACGACCACGUCUUCUGCUGAUGGGUCUACGAAGAAGCGGAAAAUCAUCCAUUCAGAGCGUUGUAUUCCACAAGAUGCCACCGACGGAGACUCUAUUUUUGGAAUCUACGACACGUAUCCAAAAGGAUGCUAUCCACUCUUUCAUGGAUUUUCAGAUUUGGGAUUUCCCAGGACAACUAGAGUAUCUAGAACCAUCAUUUGAUCAAGAGGAGUUAUUCAGUAAUCUGGGAGCUCUCGUUUGGGUGAUAGAUGCCCAGGACGAUUACCUGGAAGCCGUCACUCGGCUGAACAAAACCAUACUCAUGAUCCAGCAAUACUACCCACACAUCAACAUUGAGGUCUUUAUCCACAAGGUAGAUGGACUCUCAGAAGAAUACCGCUCUGAUACAUUUCAAGAUAUCGUCCAGCGAAUCUCUGACGAGCUAAGUGACGCUGGAUACGAAAAUGCACCAAUACACUACUACCUGACCUCAAUAUACGAUUAUUCGGUUUUCGAGGCCUUUAGCAAGGUUAUUCAAAAGCUGAUUCCCCAAUUAUCGACGCUGGAAAACCUCAUCAAUAUCCUCUCAAAUAACUCCGGCAUGGAGAAAACAUAUUUGUUUGACGUUCUCAGCAAGAUAUACAUCGCUUCCGACACAAGACCAGUAGACAUGGCAUGUUACGAGAUGUGUUCCGACUACAUUGAUGUGAUCGUUGACAUCAGCGAGCUAUACUCCUGGGACCACCCUGACCGGAAGGCUAAGGGCCCGCAAGUGUCGGAAGCAGAAAGCCAUGUGAUACUUCACGAUAAAUGCAUGAUUCAUUUAAUGGAAAUGAACAAAUACCUCUGUCUUGUUUCCGUGAUCAAGAAUCCGGAUGCAAAGGAGAAGAAGGGACUCAUCGAUAUGAAUUGCCGGACGUUUCAAGAUGCGCUCAACGAGGUGUUUAGUAGAACAUGGGAUCAAGAGUAA